UUCCGCUUUCGGCCACAUCCAAAUAGCAGUGCCUCCCUUGGCCCCCUGCUGGUGCCGCAUGGCGGACGAAGACGGGGAUGCCAAGUUGGCCGAAUUGGAAGCCGAGUUGGCAGCAGCAAAGGUGGAACGACUGGAGAAGGAGCUUGCAUUGCAGCGAGCAAAAUCCAAAGCCGAGGUUGAGGAUGCUUCGAGCUCAAGCAGUUCACAGGGGCCUCCGCCUGUGCACUCGGAGGAAAAGCCUUUGCAGAAGCUGGUGGACAUGGGAUUCAGCCGUCGAAAAUCCCUCGCGGCGCUCCAGAGCCAUGGAGGAUCUGCUGAGGAUGCCAUCGCCGAGCUACUCAGCAGCCCUCAGGAGCAGACGCCUUUGCAGAAGUUGGAGGCCAUGGGCUUCGCGAGGGCCGCUGCUGCGGCGGCCCUGCGGCGGCAGGGCCAUUUGGAUCGUGCAUUAGAGGAACUGCUGGGAAACGCCCAAGACAUCGGGCAGGCAGGUCUCCGGGAGCCCAACGACCAGGAGAUCCUGGAAGAAAUCAAGGAGGACAAGAAGGAGGACAACAAGGAGCAUCAUGCGGCUGAAGCAGAAGCGGACAAGCUUGUCAAGGAGGAGGAGAAGAGAAAUGCUGCUGUGGAAGCUGAGAGCGAGACAAAUGUCAAGGCGCUCAGCCAAGAGGACAAGAAAGAGGAUGGUGUGGCUGAAGCAGAAGCUGGCAAUCUUGCAAAACACAAACAGAGCAAACAGAAGCAGAAGGAGCCAGCGGAGCCGGAGACCAAACGGCGGCGGAUCACACGCAAAGGCUCCAUGAAAGCCGAAGAAAUUCCAGAGGCAUCAGCUCCAUCAGCGGCCGCGAAAGCCAAAGGCAAAGCCAAAGCCAAAGGCAAGGCCCAAGCCAAGGCCAAAGCCAAGGCGUCUGGAUCUAUGGUGGAUGCCCUUGCAGCUGUGUGGGAGGACACUGAGAUGCAGCUCUUGAAGCGGCCACAGAUCGAGGCUAAAGCCUCUAUCUCGUUGGCCCAGGUGACGUUGCCCAAGGAUCGAAAAGUCCAAGAAGAGGCUAAGAGUGAAGCAGUCCUCGAUGGUCAAGAAGCUGCCAGGGCCUGGAAAAGCCGGAAACGUCAUCGUUUUGGGCAGAUCCUGGAUGCCAUCUCAUGGUUGCUCAUUGUUUUGAGGGCUGGGAACAACGCCUUCUUUCAGAGCUUGUCCAAGUCGAAGCUGAGGCUUCCGGCCAUGCUGCUGGCCAUCUUGAAGGGCCAACAUCCUGAUUGGGCCAGCAAGGAAUCGGUCAAAAAGGCUUUGAACGCUUUGCAAGAGGCACAGAACCUUUGGAGAGAUGAUCGUUUGGUGCCGGAGCUGGGGAAAUAUGGAAACAUCUUCAAGAAGGACUUCCAGCUUUGGCUUUCCGAUCCAAAAGCAGUCCGGAAUGGUGGCUUCGGCUAUUGUGGGCGACCCUUGAGUCAGAUUCUGGAGACGAGGUGGUCGGAUCUUGGAGCUGAGCAGACCGAGGAGCUGUUGGUGCGCCUGGCAGAGGCUUAUCCGAUGCUGAAAGACCACAGCUCAACGAACUCCGUGGAGAUCCCGAACUCCGUGUCCUUCGACAAAGGUGCCUCGGCGCUGGUGAAGGCCAACGUCUUGGCGGGGCCCUGGGGAUUCGUCUCGGAUUCCGAGGACAUGGAGUGGGAUGGUGUGUACGAUCCUUAUUUGCUCGCCCGAAGGCGGCUGAAUCGCCCUCCACGCGCGAAGAUGAAGAGUGCAGACCUCAAGGGGAUGCUUUGUGGGCUCUUGCAAACAGUCAACGAGCUCACCCAGGGGUGGCCUGGCAUUUUCGAAGAUUUGCAGAUGUUCUUGAGAUUGAAGGAUAUCAGGCUGGCGCGUCCGAGUGAGAAGAGCUACACUUUCGGUGAGAAGUUCCACACGACCGAGUUCAAGGCGCUCACCGGCUGCCGUCCCGACUCCUUGAUGCUGCAUGUGCAGGAAAGGCCUUGGCGUGCCAUCGAGCAAUCGGACCUCAAGAGCAAGGACACGUCCGCAGACGGGCUGCUGCUGCCACAGGACCCAGGUCAGAAGGGCGCCAUCCGCGAUCCAGAGGAUCAGCUGCAGGCCCUCAUGAACUUGGGCGUGGUGGACCGACGAUCGCUCUUGACGCCGCAGGAGAAGCUGGAGGUCAUAGGGGACUUCCGAAUGAGGGUGAAGCAGACAUCCAUUGUCAGGUGCCACUGGUUCUGCGAAGGAUGUAACCAAUGGCUGGACACCCGGGAAGCUCGCGGGCGAAACCCGCUCCGUUCAGCGCCCAGGGAUCAUCGUUGUGGGCAGCUCGACCGCACCCGUGGAGUGCAGGAUGCUUCAACUGCCAAGCCAAAGGUCUUCGAGAUAGUGAAGGGGGCUGAUCUGGGCCUUCAGAUGAACAUCUCACUGACUAGGCAGCACAAACUGGAUCUGCAAUGUCCCAUCGCCUCCAUCCUCAAGGUGGCGGAAUAUGCGGCUGGAUUUCCCUGCGACCGCUUAAAGGCCUUCGUCAGAGUCACCAAUGCGCUGAAAGAUGAUGGUGAGGCAAAUGCAGAGCAAGAGAUUGACAAGGAUGAUGGCCCGAAUGAAGCAGAAGAGGAACCUGACGAAGAGGCAGACGCGGUUGGCGGCGGUGCCACAUCCUCGCGGCCCUCCAAGCGGCGACGUCAGGCGGAGGUGCUCCCGGAGAUGAAGGACGUGACGGGCGCUGUGCGCUUCUCCCUCCUCUCUUGCGCUGCUAUAGCUGAGGUUCCUGCAACUCCACCCCGGUUCCUCCUGCCACUCCAUCACAAUCAACGGAGGACGGUUUUCUGGAUGGCCAGUCGAGAGGGUGUGGCCAUCAGCGGAGCUGCCCAAAACGACACGGCCUUUCACGGCUUCGUGUCCGUGCAGCGCUUGAGUCGACAGAUGGGGAAAUCGGAUGUCAGCGUGCAACUGAAGGUGGAACGCUUGUUCGCUGAUGCGAAGGGAGGACUCCUGGCAGAUGCCGUGGGCUAUGGGAAGACGGCCUCAGUCUUGGCAUUGAUUGCCUUGACGCCUUCGCCGCCCAUGCCAUUCCCCAGCAUACACCAGAAACUUCUGCGCUCCAGGGCAACGUUGGUGAUGCUGCCACCGAAUCUGUUUGAUCAGUGGCAGGGCGAGAUCAAGAAGUUCCUGUCUCCUGAAAUCAAGACGGUGGCCAUCGCCUCGCUGUCGACCUUGAAGCAAUGCACCGUACGGCAGCUGCGCACGGCCGACAUCGUCUUGGUGAGCUUGCGUCUGUUGAGCUCCGUGAAGUAUCAGGAGCAUUUGGAUGCCGCGGCUGGGUUGGAGGGUCCCACGGAUGUGGUGAUUCCUGCAUCCAAAGUGUACGAGGAAGCCCGGAAGAAGUGGUGCCAGAAGAAACAAUACAUCGAGGCGCUCCAUCGCAUGUGGGGCAACUUGGAGAACAAUCCGCGCUUCCGGGAGGUUGGAGUGCCAAGCCUGGGGCCUGAGCCAAAGCUCAAAGACUUCAGCGACAAGAAGACCAAGAAGUCUCCGGAGGUGACCUCGGAGCGGCUGAUCCGGCGCCGCUGGCGCUUGCGCCAGCGGACGGAGGCCUUGCUGCGCCAGGAACCUUCCAACAUCGACGACCUCACAAUGCCACCCUUGGAGAUGUUCUAUUGGCGCCGUUUGGUGGUGGACGAGCUGCAUGAGCCUCUGCGGGCCUUGCGAGAUGUGGCGGGUCUCCGAGACAAGAAGCUGACCGCCGACACACGGAUCCUGUUCCACAACUUCGAAGCCCUGGAAGCUGAAAGCCGCUGGGGCUUGACCGCUACGCCGCCCUUGAGCUCCGCGGCGGAAGUCUCAUUCUUAGCACGCUUCCAUCGGGUGUUCGUGCCCCGCGACAGUGACUUGGAAGCCCAGCACUACCUGGACGAGUACGUCCGUUCCGAUGACCUUGAUGUGUCCUCCAUCCCCAUCGAAUAUCACCUCAUCGCUGUGCGCCAUACAGGCGGUGAGCGUGCCCUGUACUUGAACGCUGCCUCGGUAGACGAACCUCACCGCGCGGCUUUGCUGCAGAUUUGCAAUUUCUUCUCUCCAGAUGAUCGUGACGAUGACAUGGCCUCAGCGAUCAACACCACGCGUUCGGACAAUGAGCUCGAGUUGGCUAAGCACCGUACCGAGAUGGAAGAGACCCAGGAGAAGAUCAAGAGGUUUGAAAGAGAGGAAGCCUUGGGUUGGCCCGAUGCCAAGAACGAAGAUGAGGCCAAGAAGCGAAAAGAGAAGUUGAGGCGACUGCAGCAUUCCGUGCCCGUCCAAAAGCAGAAAGAACGGCGCUUAGAGAGCCGCAAUCGGUACUUUGAGGAAGUGCUGAAAGAGCUGAAGAAGCUCGAGCAGGACAGCGUGGAUUGCCCCAUUUGCAUGACCAGCAUGGAGCCAGAAGAUUGCAGCGUCACUGGCUGUGGUCAUCUCUUUUGCAGAGAUUGCAUUACCAGCUGGGUCUCUGAGAAGGGCAAAUGCCCCACUUGCAACCACGCCCUUCGUUGGCCCGGUGGGGUGGCCGCGGCCCGUGAAGUGCUGUCCCGAAACCAGGAAGCCGCUGCUCAGGGCCGCAUCUCGCGCUUUGGGUCCAAGCUGGAGGCUGUUUGUAGCCAACUGCAGCAGAUUUGGAGACAAGAAGACAGUGCAAAGGUCAUCAUUUUCGUCCAGUUUGAGGUAUUGCUCGGGAAGAUGAAAGGCGCUCUUUCCUCCAUGGGCAUGUCCUGCCUCACCUUACACGGCUCGGUCUUCGAGCGGCGCCGUGUCAUCCGGCAGUUCCACGCCGAGGGGCGUGAGAAUCGCAUCUUACUGCUUUCGUUGGAACGCAGUCCAGCUGGAAUGAACCUCGUGUGCUGCCAUCACCUCAUCCUGGUGCAUCCUAUGCUGGCCGAAAGCAAGGAAGCGGCCCUCAGCUUCGAGCGACAGGCCAUCGGACGGGUGCGGCGGCAAGGACAGAAGGAACAAGUACAUGUGUACCGCUUCUUUGUGCGUGAUACCAUGGAGGAGGAGAUGGUCCGGUCGCAUCAUCGGCAGCUCUUGGACCAGAAAGAGCCCGAGGAGGCGACCGGUGAGCCGGACGCGUCGAUGAGGUGAUCUGAAGGGCUGCGUGCCGUAAAUACCCUCAGGCCACACUGGUGGCCUUUGCAGCUGGUUUGACUGAAAGAAACAUGAGG